AUGCCUGUAAAACGAGUCGCAGUCAUCGGCGCUGGGCCGGCAGGAGCCAUUGCGAUAGAUGCCCUGGCGCAAGAAAAGACCUUUGAUCUUAUCCGUGUCUUUGAGCGCCGCGAGGGUCCAGGAGGCUGUUGGAUUGGCGACUCAUCCCAGCCUCCAACACUCCGCGACUUUGCAUCUCUAGCGACAAGAACAGCUGAUCCAUCACUAUCUAUCCCAGAAACUCUGCCCGCGCAGGCUCCAAAGUCAGAUCAGCCUCGGUUUACUGAGUCGUCUGUUUACCCUUAUCUGGAAACCAAUAUCGACUUCCUGCCCAUGCAGUUCGCCCAGGAACCUUUCCCAGAAGAGCGCACCGAGCUUUCUAUAUCUCACCACGGACCCGAAACCCCAUUUCGAAAGUGGGAUGUGGUACGGAAAUACGUGAGGAGUCUCGUAGAGCGUCGGGGUUACAGCGAUUGGGUUUCGUACAACACCACAGUGGAACGGGUCGAGAAGGUGGGGACGGAGUGGAAAGUGACACUGCGAAAGGACGGAGAAAAGAGCGAUUACUGGUGGGUUGAGUGGUUUGAUGCGGUCGUCGUGGCGAGUGGACACUUCUGGGUCCCAUAUAUUCCCCCAAUAGAAGGCUUGGAGGCGUUUGAGAAGACAAGACCGGGCAGUGUACUUCACAGCAAGCAUUUCCGCGGGAGAGAUGCAUUUGCGGACAAGCGAGUGGUGGUUGUAGGCGCAUCUGUCUCAGCAGCCGACAUCGCAUUCGAUCUCGUGGAAACGGCAAAAGAACCAGUCCACGCAAUCACAAUCGGUCAUGCUGCUAACGGGUACUUCGGCGAUGAAGCAUUUAAUCACCCCAAGAUACAAAGACAUCCAUCGAUAGAACGAGUCUCGAACAGAACGGUGCACUUGACCAACGGAGAUUGCAUCACGGACGUCGACCACAUUGUCUUCGGCACAGGAUACAGCUGGACGCUACCGUUCCUACCGGCAGUUCCUGUUCGCAACAAUCGUAUCCCUGAUCUAUACCAACAUGUUGUUUGGCAAAAAGACCCGACAUUACUAUUUGUUGGUGCUGUCGCGGCUGGUCUGACGUUCAAAGUCUUUGAAUGGCAAUCGGUUUUAGCUGCACGGUUGCUGGCUGGCCGAGCCACUCUACCUUCUCUUGAGGUGAUGCAGAAAUGGGAAGCGGAUCGUAUAAAGGCUCGGGGUGAUGGUGUGAAGUUUACACUGCUCUUCCCGGACUUCGAAGACUAUUUUGAGACGCUGAGAUGUCUAGCCGGCGAGGGAGAAGAAGGAAAUGGACGAAAGCUGCCCAAAUUUCGCCGCGAGUGGGUGAGGGCAUUUUUUGAGGGACAUGAACGCCGCAAGGCUAUGUGGAAGAGGUUGAACUUGAAAUCUCAGGCGGCGUUGGUGAAUACUAAGACUACCCAAAAGGUAGUAGCUAGACUAUGA